CUGCUCUGACUUUCGCGCUCUCGCGUCGAUGAUACUGCUUCGUCGUUGUUAGAUGUGACACUUUGCCGAUCCUUCGAUACAUAAUAAACGCUGUGCGUUCGCAGAACUGUAUCACGUUUUAUGUCACAAGCCCCUAUCGUAUUUCCGGCAAGUCGAGGAAUACCAUAAAUUUGAAAACCUUUCGAUGUGACUCGAACAAGCAGUAUUUUUAGUAGUGCUUGAAGCUAUUUUCGAGACGUGAGGUGAAAGUGGAAGUGCCUCCACGGAGAGAAAGAGGAGAGGAGCGUUUCGCCGGAGAUUUCUUCUUCCCGGUUGUCACGAAAAAUUACGAGCACUUAUCGAUGUGUUAUGCUGAGGGCGGAGUAUUCCUAUGAAAAAUGUUGACAGUGAUGUGCCCGAACUGUCGUCACCGAUUCCCAGCACCAGGUUGUUGCGAGCCGCAGAACAUGAACGAAGAUAAUACUUUAAUCCAUCCGACAACCUGUUACUACGGUGGCCUGUUAGUUCCUAAAAGCUAUAGCGGCGGUGGCUGUAUCAUAAACGCGCCUACCAUUAUUCAUAGCCAGCCCGUUAUAAAUUCGUUCAACUGUCCGCCGAUGACGUUCGACUUCGAAAAGCCGAGGAUCGAGAAGUUCCAGAGCUGCGGGAAAGACACGCAAUUUUUCGAAUUGCCGCUGAUAAACGAAGAGGCGCGAAGAACUGAGGGCGGAUGUCAAAUAACCACGAGCUGCGACUUAACCGGUGGAAGCGUAACGAUAACGACCCCGAAGAUACAAUCCGGAGGUUGCGUGAUACAAAGCACGGACGCGGGAACGCUCAUGCAAACGCCGCACGUGGAAAUUCGUCCGAAACUGUCAGGCGGUGCAUGCCUCGUACGGAACACGUUGUCUAUCGACGGUCAAGAAACUUCUGUUCAAGAAAACUUGUCUCGGAACGAGGGGAUGUUCUUAAUACCACCGAGUGGUUGUCAAGAACUGCCGGGAACUCGAAGAGCCACGUCAAUGGGAAAUGAGGAGAAACCGAUUUUCUCGAAUUUGAUCAAUGUGCCGAUGCAAUUCCAGCAAGCUAUGAAUUCGAGGAAACCCGAGGAAUCGGAGUCGGGUAGAAACUUCAAUUGCUGCUGCAACAACGUUCAGAGUCUGUACAAUGUGAAGCCGAAUGACGUGCCGGUAUCGGAGAACCGUAGCCCCGCGGUUGCGGACUCGAACUCAGCGGGGGUACAGAUUCAAGUGAACGCGACCGUAAAGCUUCCAGCGAGCUUGGGACAGUGCACGGUAAAUAUAACCGCGACUACCACGAACCCGCCCAAUUCCUUAUCAGGCGCCACUUCGAGAACCAAGAAUAAUUUCAACGGCGGCGGUUUGGUACAGAAAAACGAGCCGCAGAACAACGACGCGGAAGAGAAUUUCGAGGAAAGGAGAGAUAGAACACCGACCACGCCUGUCUCGUGGCUGAUGCCGUGUCCCUGGAGUUUCGACAGAUACAUGAUAGACAGGGAUGCGGCCAGACUGAGCGAAGUUAAAAGACUUUUUCAAGCCUGCGGCUGGUACCACGAAGGCCUCAGCUGGCAGCAGAGCGAGAAUUUAUUGAAAAACGCCGCGGUGGGCAGAUGGCUGAUGAGAGACAGUUCCGAUAGCAGAUACAUGUUCGCCGUGUCCGUGCAGACUGCCAGAGGACCUACCUCUGUUCGAGUUCACUAUUUCUUGGGACAAUUUCGACUGGACGCCGAGCCAAGACUCGCGUUCGCGAUUCCCCUCUUCGAUUGUCCUAUCAAAAUGCUCGAAUACUACGUGGAGUAUUCGAAAAGUGUCGACGAACAUCGAAAAGAGGUCUGGGUGGAUUACAGCGGGCAACUUUAUAGCGAAAUUUAUUUGACCAAGCCUCUAGUUAAAGAAGUUAGAUCCCUUAGUCACUUGGCCAGGUUGGUCGUUAAUAAAUACAAAUUACCCACUAAACACUUGCCACCGUUGAUUAGAAAUUAUCUAGCCGAGUAUCCGUACACUAUUUGAAAAAUGAUGCAUAAUGUUUCUUUCUGAUUUCUGGACCUGACGGUAAUUUGCACAUUGCGCCAGAUCGAUUAAAAGUAAAUUUAUUUUGAUUAAUGAACUUAUUCAUUUAAAUUCUAGUGGAGUGAAUUUUUUCUUUGAUUAAGGAUCGAUAAAAUUUAGCUGUUCAUAGGAGGAUUAUUUUAAAACGAGAUCAAAAUUUUAGAAAUAAUUCUAUACAUUUAUUUUCGGUGAUUCCAGAAAUCAGAAAAGCCUCUCGGAAAUGAUACGUUUAUUUUCAUACAUUUUAAAAACAGUUUAUAUCAAAGUUUUCAAUUAAAUGCAAGACAAAGUCUAGUAUAGUGAGAUAGCUGAAAAUUAAAUUGACACUUUCGUGAAUCGAAUCGACGGAAAAUAAUUCCCGGUAUUUUAUUAAAGACGUGACGAACUGUUGGAGUUUAUCAACAAAAUAUGAAAGUUAAACGAAAGUGUGUGUAAUCUUGUUCGUAGUCAGUAAAGCAUAAUAUUGUACGAUCGACUUAUUCGACCGAGCUUUUAUUUCUCUUUUCAACAUCUUCUUGGAUGGCAGGGUACCAUUUACAUACCCUGCGUGGACCAAUCAAAGUGACGCUUUUCCGUUCACGAUUAAUUAAUUAAUUAAUCGAACUGUCAUCAAACUCUUUCGAGGAUCUGAAAUUCUUUUUGGUUCAUAAGCAUUGACGAGUAAUUAUUUUCUACAUUACGAAAGACACUGAUUAAACGAAUGAAUUCGAUUUAAAGAUACUGCACUGUCCAUGGACGAGUAAAGUAAUCAAAUUUCAUAAAAAGACUCGGUCGGUUCUGAUAUUUCUCGAGCGAUGAUUGGCAAUUUUCUUUAGACAGAUCACGAACUAUCCAGGCUUUCCAAGAAGAAUUGCGAAUCAUUGCUUUAAACCUUACAACUGAUUAAGAAUGAUAAGAAAUGAUAUUAAAAUCGGCUUGUAAGAAGAAAUCGUAAGGCAGUAUUAGAAUUUAAAGCGUCGAUUUGACUCUUUGUUAAGGCACUAGAUUAACGUACGAUCCUAUUAAUUAUUAAUUAGUAAACCGAUUGUAUUCCAUAGCCAAGUGAAUUUGUACGAACGGAAUUCGACUCAUCGAGAUGCCUGCCUCUUAAUGUUAAAUCAAUGAUGAACUUUUCUUUUCAACUUUCAAAGCUAAGAUGUUUCCUUUAUUAUAACUUACGUGUUAUGUGUACGUAAUUUUGUACGAAUCUUUAUUAUUCAACGCAGUAUUUAAUAAAUUGAUCAACUGGACGGUGAUAGUUGAAACGAAGAGUUGAAAUAUGCAGAAGAAUCAAACGCUAAAUUAAUGUAGUUCUUGUUUAUUAGCAAGUUUCUUUAAAUGGAUGUCAAUGAGACUGCGUGUGUAUGCGUGGACGUGUGAGAGGAAAAUCUUUGUACGUGCACGAUGGAAUAGUAAUAAGUAAUACAAUUGAAGUGUCGAUUGUUGCGUACAACAUAUGAUCGAUAUAUUUUUCUAAAACGACGAUCUUAUCGAAGGAAAGCAAACAAUUUUUCUAACGAAAAAACAAAUUAGAUUAUACAGGGUGUUUCCGAAACAGUGCCUCUUUAGACAAAACUUUGUUUGAAGGAAUUGCAUCGUUUGAGACUAUUUCUUACCAACUAUGAAUGUUGCAUUUUUCUUUAUUAGUAAUCACCUUUUGAUAGAGCACCCCGUAUAAAACGAUAUAGAAGGUUUCGUUCAUUGUCUCUAUAUUAGAGAUGAUCUUUUACACUAACGAUAUGUACGCAAGGUGUCACAGAUUUUACCUGCCAAAAGACAUCAGCCUAUUCCGAAGGAACACUUUGGAAUAAAGUUAACAGAAAUGAAAACCAGUUCCAUCAUUAUUUGAUACGUCUCUCGCAGCUCUUUAAUGAAAUGUUUAAGUCUAUUUUUGUAUAACAUUUAACAUUUGGCGGGACUGUACUGGGACACCUCGUAUCUCUGCCCUUCGUAGAUCAUUUCGAAAUAGGAACGAAUCCGGAAAGUUUACCUUUCGGAUUAGGAAUAAACUUAUUUUGGUAUUUCAUUAGAUAUAUUUUGUAAAAUGUAAAAUUACUCCACAGUUAUCGAAAUUUCAUGCUGUUCCGUAAUCAGGAUUUUUACUUAUCGCUGACGAACAGACAGUAGAGCUACAUUACUAAUAUUUUUGCGAUGUUUGCGUUUAUCUCGUAACGGGAAUUUUUGCGAAGGGUUAGUUAAUUUUCAAUUCUUCGAUUGUAAAAGUCGCGUUCAAACGAGUAUAGUAUGUUUGUUAUUGGAAAACUGCCACUCAUCGAAUCCUAUGAUAUGUUUUAUAUGUAUAGUGUGACACGAGUUAAAUUAUUAAAGAAUUAUUUAUUUCCAGCAA